GUUCUCUGAGGGGUCCCCUAGGGUGGGGGAUGGGACAUAACAGGCUGGAAGGGGGCUCUUGCUGACCAGUUCCCAGGGUCAGCCGUAGCAGGAGCUCACCGGAGAGCAGAGGCAGGAGUUGGACCAACUCCUGGGGCAGGGACGGCCAGGCAGGACAGCACCCAGGCCAGAAGGAGGGAUGCUGAGCUGGCGUGCCUGGGGAGAGUGAAUGGUAGAGUGGCCAGGCCUGCCCUUCUGCUGGCCCCACCCCAUCCCUGGCCACAGAGGCUGACUCAGCCCUUUCCCAGGCCCAGAACUUUCCCUGUGCCAGGCCCUGGGGCCUUUGUCAGUAGUCAUGAGGCCUGAGGGGGGAGGGUGGAGACAGUGGUCAUAAAAGGCACCCCCCCGGCCCCUCCUACCCCUUUCCUCACAACUGCUCCCACAUGCAGCUCCGGACACAGCCCCUCGCCCACACCCUGCCCUUCACCCUCAGAGGGCUCCUGCAAGAUGCCGGCUUCCAGGUGCCCAUCAUCAAGACGGGCACAGGGUGGCAGAGCCUGCAGCAGACCCUGAAGGAAGUUGCCUACGUCCUUCUGUGCUGUUGGUGUAUCAAGAAACUGUUGGAUUGACGGUGGCAGGCGCCUUGCCUGCCCUCUCCAGGGGCACCAUGGCUGGCAUCGCUCAGCCCCAACUCUCUUCCUCAGCACCUGCCCAGGCUUCGUGAAGACCCCCCAGGGCCAACUGUGCUUGACCAGGGGAUGAACCACAGAUGAGUCAAGUGUGGAUCCUAU